UGUCCAGAGUUGUUGUCGGGCAAGUGGGUGGUACUGCGCGUUUCAGUGUUUUAUUGUCGCUUGGGUUGAGGUGUGUUGGGUGCUGUUUUGGAACAUUUUCGCCUGGAGGUGGGGGUGUGCGGAAUAUUUAAUAGAGGUGCGAGCAGUGAGCCAUGGCGGAGGCGCCAGACAUCAGCGGUAACGUGACGCCCGGCGGUGGGGCCCAGGUCAAGAUCGGAAACUACAUCCUGGGCGAUACCAUUGGCAAGGGUACCUUUGGCAAGGUCAAAUUUGCUGUUCAUCAGAAGACGCAGAAUCGGGUGGCUGUGAAGAUUCUUAACCGGGAGAAAAUCAAGAAUCUGGAUGUUGCUGGAAAAAUUAAGCGUGAAAUCCAAAAUCUUAAGCUCUUCCGACACCCCCAUAUCAUCAAACUGUACCAAGUCAUCAGCACCCCCACCGACAUCUUCAUGGUGAUGGAGUUUGUGUCGGGCGGAGAACUGUUCGAGUACAUCAUCAAACACGGCAAGCUGAAGGAGCAGGAGGCCCGACGCUUCUUCCAGCAGAUCAUCUCGGGCGUGGACUACUGCCAUCGUCACAUGGUCGUCCACCGCGACCUCAAGCCGGAGAACCUGCUGCUCGACUCCAACCGCAACGUCAAGAUCGCCGACUUCGGCCUCUCAAACAUGAUGAAGGAUGGCGACUUCCUGUCCACGUCUUGCGGAUCUCCCAACUACGCGGCGCCCGAGGUGAUCUCGGGCAGCAUGUACGCUGGGCCAGAGGUGGACGUCUGGUCGUGUGGCGUCAUCUUGUACGCACUGCUAUGCGGCACGCUGCCCUUCGACGACGACCACGUACCCACCCUCUUCACCAAGAUCAAAAAGGGCGUGUUCCCAAUCCCGGACUACCUGAACAAGUCUGUGGUCUCGCUGCUCUGCCACAUGCUGCAGGUGCAGCCCAUGUGCCGAGCCACCAUCGAGGACGUGAGGAACCACGAGUGGUUCCAGCAGGACCUCGCCGCCUAUUUGUUCCCGGAGCCCUCGGAGCAGGACUCGUCCAUCAUUGAUCAGGAUGUGGUGGCCGACAUAUGCACGAAAUUCAACGUGUCGCCCGACGAGGUGCACGCGGCGCUGCUGUCGGAGGACCCGCAGGACCAGCUGGCAAUCGCCUACCACCUGCUCAUCGACAACAAACGACUGGCGGGCGAGCCGGAGAAGUUCGAGAUGCGCGACUUUUACGGCCCGAACUCCCCGCCGCUCACGGCGCCCGUGAAGGUCGGCCCGCUCGGUAACCCGCUGCCGUCCGCCGAGCCGGCCGGACGGCCCCACCCGGAGCGAAUACCGCCGUUGCGGGCCGAGCCGCCGGCGGCAGGGCCGGGGGAGGGCGGUCGGCCGGUCAGCGCGCCGCUCAAGCGGGCCAAAUGGCACCUCGGCAUCCGGUCCCAGAGCAGGCCGCUCGACAUCAUGCACGAGGUGUACCGCGCCAUGCAGUCGCUCGACUACACAUGGAAGACCAUCAACAACUUCUCAGUUCGCGUGAAGCACCUGAACCCGGUGACGGGUCGCUACGUGAAGAUGGCGCUGCAGCUGUACCAGGUGGACGGGCGCAGCUACCUGCUCGACUUCAAGUCGAUCCCCAGCGACGACUCUGCGCCGCCGGCCGCCAGCGCCGCCGCCGGCGCCGCCAUCCCGUCCGUGGAGAUCUGGCCGCCGGUGAACGGGCUGGACGAGAGCGAACAGCCGGCGGCCCAGCCUGCAGCCGGCCUCCUCACCGGUCAGCCGGCCUCCGCGGGAGCCUCGUCCGCCUCCGGAGGAGCCUCGUCAGCCUCCAGCGUCGCCAGCUACUCGUCGUCGAGCUCGUCGGGUGCGGAGGAGACGGGCCCGCGGCCGGUCUCGGCGCCGGCCGGCACGCGCGACGGCCGUCUCUCGCAGCAGAGCUCGGCGGACGCUGCCGCCCCAGCCACGGGCGCCCGCCACUACACCAUGGAGUUUUUCGAGAUGUGCUCGGCGCUCAUCACACAGCUGGCCCGCUAGGCGGCGCUGUCCGUCUGUGGCGGCCGCCAAAGGUGGCGUCGCGGCGGCCUGUUGGAAAACUGCGACGCAAGGAUCGGAGAGUAGCGGACAUGAAGCUCCGAAAGCGUGGGGUUCGCGUAGUGGUACUGCGGCACUCGAAUGCUCACCAUUAACUUGAGGAACUUGGAGCAACGUGUGGUUUGGGUGUUGUGAGCAAUUGUGUCCCGUUUUGGUGAAAGUUAAUUGUCCUGCUGUGCCUGGCGCCGUAAUCGUACGAUAACACGGGCCUGUUCGCCCUGUCAUUAGCGAUCGUUUUACUAAUCUGUGAGUAGUUAGUCGUCUCGCGCAUGUAAUCCGCCGCAAACCGUAGAUUGAACACCCUUCGCGUCGUGAGAUGUUGUGCCGAUACCCACAUGAGUGCAAUGGUAACGUAACCUGGGCGCAUCGGUUGAUUUGACAUUUGAUUUUAGCGGCCAGGUAUGGGUGGUGCUGCCAGUGCUGAGGGGUGGGGACACGGCGCCGCGCCCGUCGCUCCGGGCGGGGCGUCAGGUGCGGUGUGGGUGGUGCUGCCCGUGCUGAGGGGCGAGGACACGGCGUCGCACCCGUCGCUCCGGGCGGGGCGUCAGGUGCGGUGUGGGUGGUGCUGCCCGUGCUGAGGGGCGAGGACACGGCGUCGCACCCGUCGCUCCGGGCGGAGCGUCAGGUGUGGCGCGGCCUUUGAGUCCGCUCGGGAGGGGUAGGGCGACCGCGUGGGCCUACCAUCCGGGGCUGUGUGCCUGUAGGCUGUUCGGACGGCGGGGGGGGGGGAGGGGAGACGCACCAACCCUGUCGUGGAUGUGCCGGGAUGAGGGGCGGUCUGUUGUGCGUGAGUCUGCUGCGCUAGAAUGGAGAGGCUGUGUCGGCGUGCCAUUUUAGAGGCUUAUUGGGCGCAUGGUGUGUGCUCUCGCGCGGGGAAGACUGUCGGCGCUCGGCGAGAUAGACGGUAGAAACACCAAUCCCCGCACCGCGUCCUUCGCGUCGAGUUUUAUCCACUGAAGAACGGAUUUGGUUGUGACGAAUGAUGGGCUCCCGCGUUCUUCCGCGCUGAAUGGCAUUUUCCCUCUGAAUGAAGCCGUCGUGCUCAGUUGUGUGCCCCGCGCGGAGUGAGAGCGAUUUUGGAGUAACUACGGUUAGGUCGAGCGUCGUCCACGGGUGGAAUGGCCGGUCGGAGUUGGUGCCUCUUCGACGCCCGUGGUCUGCGUUGACCGGGCAUUUUAGUGUGGCGCGCGGGGUCGACAAAGACUCGCUCGGUAGAUUUAACAUCGCGCUCCGCAUGGCUGGUCCGCGCAUGGUGCAUGUGUGGCUGCAGACUGCCAGCUAGACAUGAUGAAUACACUGGGAUAGAUUGA